GCUCUUAAUGACUGAACGUAUGUGUAAGUACGUCCUCUUUCUUACUGUAGUGGAACGUCACAGAUGGUUGAAGUGGUAAUCGGAGCCGAGAGAUUUCUGUCAUCCGAGCCUGAAAAGCAGCUGAAGCUCCUGGUAAACAGGCCUCCUGUCCUCAUCAUCACUGACAGUAGCACUAAGAGAUGAGCUGUUCUCAUGAGGAGACCCAGAUUGUUGCAUAAAUUUCACUAGGCACACGAGUUGAGGAAUAAAUCAGGUUUGAGAAGUUUCGUCGUUUAAAAAAAAAAACCCCACACACACAAAAAAACUUCGCUUUGACAAAAAGACAGUGCUUAUUGUAUGCUUAAAUUUUGCAUAAUUGUGUGUUUUGUUGUUUUUAUAAACUUUCCUGUGAUAUUAGAUACGUGAUGUUACACAGCAAAGAAACUAUACACGGGUGACAUUAAAGGAAAACAUGCAACCGAGCGUGCAACCUUCCAGGUUCUGAAGCUUGUGGCCAAAAAAGUGUACAAUAAGUAUCAGACAGUCAGGGUGGGUGAAGCAUUGUUUUUCUUUAAAUCAGUCAAUUUGUUUUGGUCCUUCGCUUCAGCAAAUCUGCUAUUUUUAAAAUCCGUCUUUUUUCUCUUUUUCCUGUGCCGUCUUUUCUGAGAACUGACGACGCAUUUUAGCCAGCUGGCUACUAACUGUCUGAUCUUUCGACUUGUCUGAAAUAACAAGUCUCCCUUCAGGCCUUACGGCGUGUGUCCUAUCUUUUAAUGAUUCAUGCUGUUCCUGUCCAGGCGAUGUAAAUUUAGGCCAUCGGAACAGCAGAGGAAGAGUGUGUUUUUAAAGGGAAGUGGCUUAUAUGCCCUAACUGUAAAGGCUGCUGUGUACAGGAGCUGCGGUUGGCGCCUCAGGCCCACACCCAUCCCAUAAUGUUCAUCAUGCAGUAACGACAAGAACGUUGCUCUGAGCAGCACAGGAAGUGAGCUCAUAUUGUAAAACUCGUAGCAACACACAAUAACUAACUAUGACUGUGGACAUGUUCGUGAUGUGGUUCAUGUUUGUGGGAUGGAUAUGUGAAAUUUCAGCUCAUAAGUCUCUAGAAUUCAAAAUACAGCUGUAAGAAUUUGUGCUGUUGAUUUUUUUUUUUUUUUUUUUUUUUUUUUUUUUUUUUUUUUUUUUUAAUUAUUAUUAUUUUAUUUGUUGUUUGGUGAUUUGUAAAUGCUUCUUGUGAUAUUAGACACAUAUUUCUUCUGUAAAGCUGUAUAGUUACUAUUGUUGUGUGUCUGUGUCUCCGUCUCUUUGCCUUUGUAUGUCUAUGCGUGUCUGUGUGUUGUUUUUUUUUGUUUGUUUUUUUUCUUGUCUCUCUGCAUCCUUGUUUCUGUGUCUCUCUGUAGAUGUGUCUUUGUCUCGCUCUCUCUCUCUCUCUGUCUGCGUCUGUUUCUCUCUUUCUCUCUUUCUCUCUCUCUCUCUCUCUCGUGUGUCUCUGAGUGUUUCUCUCUGUGUGUGUGCACGCCAAAAGCCUUACUAAUCCAUUUUUACCUAAUUAGGAUGACAAAGAAACAGUAAGUAACUUCCAGAAAGUAGGCCUCAGUACAGUGAAAACAGGAAGUAUAGUCAGGGCUUCAUGACAUUAACUGUGAACAGGAAGUGCUGGUAGAAAUUUGAAGGGCAUUUUUACAAGUGACGUGCGGUAUCAAACUGUUAAAAGCUUCUUAUCCAUGUCAUCGGUGUUUUUCUGCUGAAUUUUAUUAAAGGGGAACAUGCCAAUAUUUCAUUUUGAUUUCAGAAAGUUUUCCUUGCCCAACUCUCUCUUUGGUUUGCCCUGGGGUGCAGCCGCAGAAGCCAGAUGUGUUUGUGUGGCGAAAAAUAUUGGUGUGUUUUUUUUUUUUUUUUAUUAUUUUAAUUUUUAUUUUUUUUUCCCUUUUAUAGUAAGUGGUACGUGUGAUGAUGAUGACGAUGAUGGGGAGCAUGGUUGUAGACAGUGCUGAUCCUCCUAUACCUUUCACCCGCGUUUAAAAACGCACUAGAUGCUGUGCUUCGUGACACUCUGUGCUCUGCUCAUACAAGCCCCAGUUCCUGUCUGAGGCAUCGGAAAAUCUGCAGCCGACACUUCCUCUUCGAAAGUGUUUGUGCUUCCUGUUAUUAAGCUGCUUAGCUUAUAUGCUCGUUCACUUCUGAACGAUUGGUUGGUUUGAUCGGUUGAUUCUGGGUGGGACUCGGCGGCUUCAAACAAGUCUAGAGCAUCAUUUAUUUGUAUUUUUUUUGUAUUUGAAUCUGGAUUGAAGUAUCUCACAACCUUACACAGUGCAAUGAGGCUGUGAUUUAAGGGGUCAUGCUGGUUCUGGACGCACUUGAUGGUGGAUGGUGUAGCUUCAGUGCUGAUGGUGUUUCUCAACCUGCCGGGACACUGAGAGGAUAUUCUCCUUCCCUGUCUCCCUCUUUCCUUCUGUCCUUUCAUCCACUUCAGUAUGUCUGCCAUACAGACGAUCUGGCCUCCAGGCACGGAGUGUGUGGCCAGGUACAACUUCCCCGGCACGACUGACCAGGAUCUGCCCCUGUGUAAAGGAGAUGUCCUCACCAUUAUAGGAGUCACUAAGGACCCAAACUGGUACAAAGCCAAAAACACAGUGGGACGAGAGGGGACCAUUCCGGCAAACUACGUCCAGAAGCGAGAAGGGGUGAAGUCCGGCGGGAAGCUCAGCCUCAUGCCAUGGUUCCACGGUAAGAUAACACGUGAUCAAGCCGAGAGACUGCUCUACCCACCUGAGAUGGGGCUGUUCCUGGUGCGUGAGAGCACCAACUACCCCGGAGACUACACUCUGUGUGUGAGCUCUGAGGGCAAAGUGGAGCAUUACCGCAUCAUCUACCACAAUGGGAAACUCACCAUCGACGAGGAGGCGUACUUCGAGAACCUCAUGCAGCUCGUCGAGCACUACACAAAAGAUGCGGACGGGCUUUGCACCAGACUCAUCAAACCCAAGCUCAUGGAGGGAACAGUGGCAGCGCAGGAUGAGUUCUCCAGAAGUGGAUGGGCACUGAACCGCAAGGAACUGAAACUCAUUCAAACUAUUGGAAAGGGUGAAUUUGGAGAUGUCAUGGUGGGGGAUUACAGAGGCACUAAAGUAGCUGUGAAGUGCAUCAAACAUGACGCCACAGCGCAGGCUUUCAUCGCCGAGGCCUCGGUAAUGACGCAAAUGCGACACAAUAACCUGGUGCAGUUGUUGGGAGUGAUCGUAGAGGAGAAGGGCAGCUUAUUCAUCGUCACAGAGUACAUGGCUAAGGGAAGCCUGGUGGACUAUCUCCGCUCCAGAGGACGCACUGUUAUUGGAGGAGACUGUUUGCUCAAGUUCUCCAUGGAUGUGUGUGAGGCCAUGGAAUAUCUGGAGGCUAACAACUUCGUCCAUAGAGAUCUGGCAGCUCGGAAUGUUUUAGUUUCCGACGACAACAUCGCUAAAGUCAGUGAUUUCGGUUUGACCAAGGAGGCAUCGUCCACUCAGGACACGGCUAAGCUGCCCAUCAAAUGGACGUCCCCUGAAGCCCUGAGAGAAAAGAAAUUCUCCACUAAGUCAGAUGUAUGGAGUUAUGGAAUAUUGCUCUGGGAGAUCUAUUCCUUUGGCCGCGUACCAUACCCGAGAAUCCCUCUGAAAGACGUGGUGCCACGUGUGGAAAAGGGCUACAAGAUGGACUCCCCGGACGGCUGUCCUCCUGCUGUAUACGACGUCAUGAAGCUGUGCUGGACUUUGGAGCCGGCAAUGCGGCCCAGCUUUAAAGCGCUGAGAGAGAACCUCCAGCUCAUCCAAGAUAAAGAUUACCUGUGAGAGCAAGGACACAGACAGACUAACUCCGUUAGAGAGAGCACAGAGGACUGUAUACACACACACACACGCUCUCAGAACAGCACUCUGUCAUCACACACUUGAAAUAGAGGAUGAAAUAUAAGUAUGGCCAAAUUGUUUUACUGAUCCCCACUUUAUUUUAUUUGUUCCUUUCUUUUGCUGUGCCUUUAUGAUUUGUUUUAUAGAAUCGGAGAGGCUGGCCUUCUCUUGUGUUUUCGCCUUUCUUGAUGGUUUUUCUUUUCCUUUUUUUUUUUUUUUUUUUUUAUAAAUAAUUUAACUGUUUCCAGCCUCUUAUGACCUGUUUGUUUUUAUGUCUUUCACUGUCUUACUGUUUCCCCUUCUACUAGAAUACUCUUUUCACUUUGCUAAGUCAUGCUCACACAGCGCAGUGUUGUAUAGACCGAUUCCUCUUUAAUCAGCAUGUUCACAUGACCAUGGGUUUGUGUGGAUGUGCAAGCGUGCGUCUGUGCAUACUCCUCUGUGGACGUUGUGUUUCUGGAGCACUGGACUCUUCCCUGCACCUGAGCUGUUGCUGUUAUUUAGUUUUUAUUAUUCAGUGUUCACACCCGUAGUUUUUAAUGUCUUUCAAUUUAUUGAAAAGUGGGUCUCGUUCUUAACCCUGGAAAAUAUUGAACUUGAAGCAUGUGUGAAUUCACAUAAGGGGAUGUGGGUGGGGGUUGGGGGAGUGGGAGAUUUGCUGAUUACGUUUUUGAUCCAUAAAAAAGGAGCAUUUUGUAUGUAAAGUGUAAGAAGACGAUGAAGAAAGAAAAUAUAAAGUUGUCUGCCUGUACAAGUC